GACCCAUCCUCAUUUUUGACAGAGAGAGAAAGGUUGUGAUUUGGCUGAGAGAGGCUGUACUUUUGCUUUUCCGCAGAGCUAUCUAUUUGUCAAAAAACGCCUCUGGUGCAGUUAUUUUAGAGAGUUCUCUCAGUUUCUUUCUGCUUAUCCUCCUCAGUUUAGAACAAAGCAUCUCGAGAUGGGUGUCGAGGAUAAUAUCACAGGCUCCUUGUUUCUGGUUUUCUCGAACUGGGUUUUUCGGGGUUAUUGAGGGCUUCUAAUGUGGGAGAGAGGAGGCUCUCUUGGAGGAGAGAGCCUACCUGAGAAAACUUGGAAGCGUUGUUUCAUUGUAGGAGAGAGCCCCACGUUCUAGUGUUUGCGUUUUCCUUUCUGGGUUUGCUUUCUUUGCUACUUUUUCGAUUUUUUUUUUCUGGGUUUUAGCUGUUUUUAUCCUUUUGGGAUGGCGCUUUCGAUGCACAAGGAGUCGAAACAGCAGAUGGAUACGAGCAAGUAUGUUCGGUAUACGCCGGAGCAGGUUGAGGCAUUGGAAAGGGUCUAUUCAGAAUGCCCGAAGCCUAGCUCCAUGAGAAGGCAGCAGCUGAUAAGAGAGUGUCCAAUACUCGCGAACAUCGAGCCUAAGCAGAUCAAAGUCUGGUUUCAGAAUCGGAGAUGCCGUGAAAAGCAGAGAAAGGAAGCAUCUCGGCUCCAGACAGUAAACAGGAAGCUGACUGCUAUGAACAAGCUGUUGAUGGAGGAAAAUGACCGGCUACAGAAGCAGGUUUCACAGCUGGUGUAUGAGAAUGGAUACAUGCGCCAGCAAUUGCAGACCGCAUCUGUAGCGACCACAGACACAAGCUGUGAGUCUGUGGUCACGAGUGGUCAGCACCAUAAACAGCAAAACCCAACACCUCAGCAUCCACAAAGGGAUGUGAACAACCCAGCUGGUCUUCUUGCUAUAGCUGAGGAGACCCUGACAGAGUUCCUUUCCAAGGCUACAGGAACUGCUGUCGACUGGGUCCAGAUGCUUGGGAUGAAGCCUGGUCCGGAUUCUAUUGGAAUCGUUGCUGUUUCCCACAAUUGUAGUGGGGUUGCAGCACGAGCCUGCGGUCUCGUGAGUUUAGAACCCACAAAGGUCGCUGAAAUCCUCAAAGAUCGUCCAUCAUGGUUUCGCGAUUGCCGUUGCCUUGAUAUCUUGACUGUGAUCCCUACUGGGAAUGGAGGGACCAUUGAGCUCAUAUAUAUGCAGACAUAUGCACCUACAACAUUAGCAUCGGCACGUGAUUUUUGGACGCUGAGAUAUACCACUGGUUUGGAAGAUGGCAGUCUUGUGAUCUGUGAAAGGUCCUUGACGUCUGCAACCGGUGGUCCAACUGGGCCACCUGCUCAGAACUUUGUUAGAGCUGAGAUGCUUCCUAGUGGCUACCUUAUACGACCUUGUGAGGGUGGCGGCUCGAUUAUUCACAUUGUUGAUCACCUCGAUUUGGAUGCUUGGAGUGUUCCUGAAGUUUUGCGGCCUUUGUAUGAAUCUUCAAAAAUUCUUGCACAGAAAAUGACAAUUGCUGCCCUGCGGCACAUAAGACAAAUUGCUCAAGAAACUAGUGGAGAGAUUCAGUAUGGUGGGGGACGCCAACCUGCCGUGCUACGGACAUUUAGUCAGAGAUUGUGCAGGGGGUUCAAUGAUGCUAUUAAUGGGUUUUCUGAUGAUGGAUGGUCACUAAUGGGAAGUGAUGGAGUAGAAGAUGUCACCAUUGCCAUAAACUCCACUCCAAGCAAACUUCUUGGUUGCCAAGUCAACUCAUCAACAGUGUUCUCCAAUUUUGGAGGUGGAGUUCUAUGUGCCAAGGCUUCGAUGCUGUUACAGAAUGUUCCUCCAGCAUUGCUUGUUCGUUUUCUAAGAGAACACCGUUCUGAAUGGGCUGACUGUGGGGUUGAUGCUUACUCUGCUGCAUCUCUUAAGGCUAGCCCUUGUGCUGUUCUUGGUGCAAGGCCCAGUGGUUUCCCCAGUAGCCAGGUCAUCUUGCCCCUGGCCCAUACUGUGGAACAUGAAGAGUUUUUAGAGGUGAUUCGGCUAGAGGGACAUGGAUUCCCCCAAGAAGAUGCAGUUAUACCACGAGAUAUGUAUCUAUUACAGCUAUGCAGCGGGGUUGAUGAAAAUGCUGCAGGUGCUUGUGCUCAGCUUGUCUUUGCACCUAUUGAUGAAUCUUUUGCUGAUGAUGCUCCAUUGCUACCAUCGGGUUUCCGUGUUAUUCCAUUGGAUCCUAAAACAGAUGGGCCUGCAACAACUAGAACACUAGACUUAGCAUCUGCUCUGGAAGUUGGAGCUGGUGGAACACGCUCAGACGGUGAUUCCUCAUCCAACGGUUACAACCUUAGGUCGGUGUUGACAAUAGCAUUUCAGUUCACAUAUGAGAACCACUUCAGAGACAAUGUUGCAGCUAUGGCACGCCAAUAUGUAAGGAGUGUUGUGGGGUCAGUUCAACGGGUUGCUAUGGCUAUUGCACCUUCCCGUCUGAGUUCUCAGCUGGGACCAAAAUCACUCCCUGGAUCUCCUGAGGCUCUAACUUUAGCUCGUUGGAUUUGCCGGAGCUACAGGUUACACACUGGAGUAGAUCUCCUACGAGUUGACUCCCAAGUUGGGGAUUCUGUCUUGAAGCAGCUGUGGCACCACAGCGAUGCAAUCAUGUGCUGUUCUCUCAAGACAAAUGCAUCUCCUGUUUUCACCUUUGCAAAUCAGGCUGGGCUUGAUAUGCUUGAGACUACUCUUGUGGCCCUUCAAGAUAUAAUGCUUGACAAGAUUCUCGAUGAGGCUGGCAGGAAGGUGUUGUGUGCAGAAUUCUCUAAGAUCAUGCAACAGGGCUUUGCUUGUCUUCCUGCGGGGGUUUGUAUCUCCAGCAUGGGAAGGACUGCUUCUUAUGACCAAGCUGUUGCCUGGAAGGUGUUGAACGAGGAAGAUUCCAACCACUGCCUGGCUUUUAUGUUCAUGAACUGGUCAUUUCUUUGAAGGGCAGAGCUACAGAGUUGCUUGCUGGGUUAACUAGUUGUUUUGGGGGGCCCGAGUGGGUCCAAACUGAUGACUUUAUUUCUAUGGUUUGUCUUGGAAGACAUUCAUAUAGUAUGACGAUAUCAUGGCUGUAUUCCGAUGACACUCUUUAUCGACAUCAAGCUUUAUUCAUGUUGAUAUAUGCUUGAGUGUUUGUUUAAUGGAAGAUAUUCCUGUUCUCUUUUGAAUCAUUGUCUAGAAAUCUGGUGCAAAUUUGUUGUUAAUGUCA